AUGGACCCUUCACAACACAUGUCAAACUCAGGAUUUGACCUCAGGCAUUCCGCCUUAAGUGGGAAGAUAUCUCGACACAGUUGUGAUCAAUGCAGACGUAAAAAAGUACGUUGUGAUCGUAUCCAGCCAUGCUCAACAUGUCUCCGAGAUAGGACUCAAUGCAUCUUUCAAGAGGUCAAAAAGAAGCGUCGCAGAUACACCCAACCUGUGAGCCCUGAUAUCUUGGCUCGCAUUGAGAAGCUCGAGGAAAGGAUCAAAAGCGUGCCUGGGAUCUCUUCUUUUUUCUCUGAUAGUUAUAAGGAUACUUCCGAUUCGCACCAAGCGAGACACGAUCGCGCAGCCACGAGCGCAAUUCACACCAGACACGAAGCUUCGGAUACGGGGUUUGCUACUUCGUCAAUACAUGGAAACUAUUCUGACCCUGGUCGCCUAGCCGUGCACCAAGAAAAAAGCCGGUAUAUGAGCAAUAGAGUGUGGAACGUCCUUGCCAAUGAUGUUGAGGAAAUGCAGGACGUAUUAGAUUCGUCGACAUCAGAAGAUGACUCGGAAGAGCCCUUGCCGACGGAUGACAUCUUUCAGGGGUUUCUUUUUGGCAUGACGUCUCCUUGCAAUUCUUUACAUAGAUUCUACCCACCGGCGGAUAAGGCUUGCUACCUGAUGAAAACCUACGAGGCAAAUGUUGCUCCAUUGGUGCCAAUACUCCACUGGCCAACAGUACGAGACCGUAUUAUGAGUAUCGUUCAGGGGGAGUGCUUUGCAGAUGAAAUCACCAAGACUUUGAUGUUUUCAAUUUAUUAUGCCGCCACUGCGAGCCUGUCUGCAGACGAAUGUCAUAGUCAGCUCGGUGUGGGUCGAGUUGUCUUAUUGAGUAAAUUUCGUUUUGCAGUGCAACAGGCCAUUGCGGAGGCAGAUCUGCUGAGCACGCAAAGUACGAUGCUAGUACAAGCUGUGGUGCUAUUUUUGACGGCAGUGCGCCGAGAGGAUAACACCAGAUUUGUAUGGUCUAUGACGAGCAUGAUUGUCCGUAUUGGGCAGUAUCUUGGUUUGCAUCGCGAUGGUUCACAGCUCGGACUAACGUCGUUCGAAACGGAAAUUCGCCGACGAUUAUGGUGGCACAUUGUCAUGUUGGAUAUGCGAUCUUCAGAGGAACAUGGAACUGACAGCCAAAUUUCAGAGGGAAUGUACAACACUGAACUUCCUUCUAAUGUGAAUGAUGCUUCUAUCUACCCAGGAAUGACGGAGCCUGUAAUACCGCAAACAGGCUUCACCGAGAUGACAUUCUGCCUCAUUCGAUGCGAGGUGGCGGUUGUUCUCAACAAGGUGACUUCUGCAAUUCAGUCGAGUUCUGGCAGUCAAAAUGUUCAACAAAGACGGGAGCAAAUGGUCGAAGCAACUAGCGAUCAAAUUCGACAAAAAUACACUAACUUUUGCGAUGAAUCCAUCCCAUUGCAAAAGGUCUGCGUGUUGGUUUCUCGACUUGUCCUCGCUAACCUGUGGAUCAACGUUUAUUUCCGUCGAUCAGACAAUCACCUCAACCUGAGAGAAAUGUCUAUUCAGACCCGAGAUGAGCUUUUUAGCCUGUCACUUGAAGUGAUCCGGGCUUCAUUCGCACUGGAAAGUAAUGAACAGACGCAUCGAUGGAGUUGGUUAUUCCACGCCAAUGCACAUUGGUGUUAUGUUGCUUUCUUGCUUUCUGAAUUAUGUGUCCGAUCACCAGAUGCAUUCACAGAUGAAGCAUGGGGGGUGAUCGACCGGGUGCAAAACAAGUGGCAGUUGACGCAAAGACAUGAUAAGAAGGGGAUGUUGUGGCGGCCCCUGCAACGACUAUUACAAAGGGCAACGUCAACCCGGUCACAAAAUAUGGCUCUGCAAGAACACAAUGGUCAAGAACGACCCACGUUAUCUGUCAUCUUCGAUACCCUCACGGAGCCAAACAGAUACGCAAAGUCAGACCUUCCCAAAACACAAGACCAGAUUGCGGGUUCUCUUGCUGCAUCUGCUUCGCAGGAAAUAAAUGCUUCAUCUACUACCUUGAACCGAGCUGACGUAGCUGAUAACAAUGGCCACAUUUUCGGGGGCUUUCUUCCGGCGGCUGGGGUGUCGGAACUCGAGAUGAUGAUGUCAGAAGCAAAUUGGGCCUUUCUGUGA